CGUCCAGCAGCUGAUCGGUAAUCCAGAAGAAGUUACCCCUCAGUUAGCGGGGAGCUACACUUUGAAGCAGGAGACUCCACAACCACCCUGCAUUAAAAAGGAAGAGGAGGAACUCUGCAUCACUCAGGAGGGAGAGUGUCUUCUAGGACGAGAGGAAGCUGAUUACACCAAGUUUCCACUGAGUAUUCUCUCUGUGAAGACUGAAGAUGAUGAAGAGAAACCACAAGUAGACAACCUCUUAGCUCCACUAUCAGAUAGUGAGGCUGAAGACGAGGUUGAAGUAACUUUGAGCAGCGAUAAAGACUGUGAAGGUGAUAUGAGGACUCACACUGACAACAAACACUCUGAAUGCUCUACAAAGAAGAGAGGUAAAACAUGUUUGAGCUGCUCAGUUUGUGCUGAAAGUUUUACUCAAAAGAGCAGUUUGACUCGACACAUGAGAACACACACAGGUGAAAAACCAUUCAGUUGUUCAGUUUGUGCCAAAAGCUAUUCUCGAAAAUGUGGUUUGACUCAACACAUGAGAACACACACAGGAGAAAAAACAUUUAAUUGUUCAGUUUGUGGCAAAAGCUUUUCUCAAAAUAGCUGUUUGACUCGACACAUGAGAACACACGCAGGAGAAAAACCAUGUACUUGUUCAGUUUGUGGCAAAGGCUUUUCUCAAAAUAGCUAUUUGACUAAACACAUGAGAACACACACAGGUGAAAAACCAUUUAAUUGUUCAGUUUGUGGCAAAAGCUUUUCUGUUAAGAGUAAUUUUACUGAACACAUGAGAACACACACAGGUGAAAAACCAUUUAAUUGUUCAGUUUGUUGCAAAGGCUUUUCUCAAAAUAACUAUUUGACUAAACACAUGAGAACACACACAGGUGAAAAACCAUUUAAUUGUUCAGUUUGUGGCAUAAGCUUUUCUCAAAAUAUCUGUUUGACUCACCACAUGAGAAUACACACAGGAGAAAAACCAUGUACUUGUUCAGUUUGUGGCAAAGGCUUUUCUCAAAAUAGCUAUUUGACUAAACACAUGAAAACACACACAGGUGAAAAACCAUUUAGUUGUUCAGUUUGUGGCAACAGCUUUUCUCAAAAUAGCAAUCUGACUCAACACAUGAGAACACACACUGGAGAAAAAUCAUUUAGUUGUUCAGUGUGCUGUAAAAGUUUUACUCAAAAGAGCAGUUUGACUCGACACAUGAGAACACACACAGGUGAAAAACCAUUCAGUUGUUCAGUUUGUGCCAAAAGCUUUUCUCGAAAAUGUGGUUUGACUCAACACAUGAGAACACACACAGGAGAAAAAACAUUUAAUUGUUCAGUUUGUGGCAAAGGCUUUUCUCAAAAUAGCUAUUUGACUCUACACAUGAGAACACACACAGGUGAAAAACCAUUUAAUUGUUCAGUUUGUGGCAAAAGCUUUUCUCAAUAUAACUAUUUGUCUAAACACAUGAGAACACACACAGGUGAAAAACCAUUUAAUUGUUCAGUUUGUGGCAAAAGCUUUUCUCAAAAUAGCAGUUUGACUCGACACAUGAGAACACACACAGGUGAAAAAACAUUUAAUUGUUCAGUUUGUGGCAAAAGCUUUUCUCAAAAUAACUAUUUGUCUAAACACAUGAGAACACACACAGGUGAAAAAACAUUUAAUUGUUCAGUUUGUGGCAUAAGCUUUUCUCAAAAUAGCUGUUUGACUCGACACAUGAGAACACACGCAGGAGAAAAACCAUGUACUUGUUCAGUUUGUGGCAAAGGCUUUUCUCAAAAUAGCAAUCUGACUAAACACAUGAGAACACACACAGGUGAAAAACCAUUUAGUUGUUCAGUUUGUGGCAACAGCUUUUCUCAAAAUAUCAAUCUGACUCAACACAUGAGAACACACACAGGUGAAAAACCAUUUAGUUGUUCAGUGUGCUGUAAAAGGUUCUCACGUAAUCCAGACGCAGUAAAACACAUGAGAACACACAAGGGAAAAUAACCAAUUAGUUGUUUAGUUUGUGGUAUGUUGCUCAUAUGUGGUGACAUCCACCCUACCCAGGACCUCCUCACUGCUUCUUUCACAAAUAUCUGAGGUAUUCAUACAAACUUGGAUUAUUUGAAGCAUAAUCUUAUCUACUCAUGACCCCAUGUCUUCUCUGUAUCUGAAACCUUCCUGAACAGUAAGAUAGAUGAUGCUUCAAGUGCUUGGUUACUCCUUCUUCAGUCCAGGGACCUGGGGCCUCAUGUGUCAAGUUUGUACACGCUCAAAAACCUGCACUACACCCUUUUUCACUGCAAAAUUGAGAUGUAUCAAAACUGACUAACGCAUAAGUGAUGCUGGGUAACUGUUUGCAUAACAAAUUGCCAACUUUUACUCCUCAGACUGAUUGAUGUGCAAAUCAGAGACAUAUGAACAAUUAACCCCCAACACCCACAACCCAACCCCCACCUCCCUCGACAUGGUCCUGGUGGAGAUCUACACUCUUAGUGCUUUUCUUCUUUAUUCAGAGUAAUGAUUUGACUUUCUAAAGGUUUUGAACUACUAAGUGGGUUGAAAAAUAUGUAUGUGUUUCUUGUAGUAUUUAAAAUGUAGAAUUGUUUUUCUUCAAUGUUUGCCCUUUUUCUGGUUUGAACAACAGCCAUGGAAAAAGUCUGUGCACAUGCUUGUAUAUAUACAUUUUUUAUUUUCAAACAGUAGUUGUCCGUUUUUUGAUGUUAGAUACUU